AUGAUAGAAACUUUAGUAUAUAUUUUUAGUAUAGGAGCAUUUUUCUCUGGUAUAUUAGUAAUUUCAUCAAAAAAUCCAAUAAAUUCAGUAUUAGGUUUAGUGAUGUGUUUUGCUAAUAGUUCUAUAUUAUUAUUAAUGUUAGGAUUUGAAUUUUUAGCAUUAUUAUUUUUAAUAGUUUAUGUAGGAGCAUUAGCUAUUUUAUUUUUAUUUGUAGUAAUGAUGUUAAAUAUAAGAUUAGUAGAAUUAAUAGAAAAUUUUACAAGAUAUUUACCAAUAGGGGGUAUAAUAGGAAUAAUAUUUAUAUUAGAGUUAAUGGUAAUAGUGGAUGAACAAUUUGCUAUGUCUUCUAAUAAUUUAUUUACUCAAUUAUUUUUCAUUAAUAAUCCGUAUGAAUUAUCUUUAUUUAUGAAUUCUUAUAGUGUAGAUAUUACUUCAAAUUAUAAUAAUAAUAUAGUAAAUUUAACAAAUAUAGAAAGUAUAGGUCAAAUAUUAUAUACCCAUGGCUAUAUAUAUUUUAUAGUUUCAAGUAUAGUGUUAUUGAUAGCUAUGGUGGGAGCAAUAGUUUUAACAUUAUAUCAUGAACAAGGUGUAAAAAGACAAGAUAUAUUUUCUCAAAUUUCAACUCAAAAUACUUUAACUUAUUUUAAUUCAAUAAAUAAUUUACCUGAUUUUAAAUUAAGAAAUUAG